AUGGGGAUCCGUGGAAUAACCACUUACAUGAAACAGUACUACUUGAAGAGGCGGGAAAGUAUUGAGGUACGUGGACAGCUCAUAUUGGAUGCUAUGAGUAUCUGUUUUGCCAUUCACCGAAAUAAUCACACAGACUGGUUACAUGGCGGGCAGUACUGGGAGCUGAGGCAGUCCUACAAGCGUUUCAUUACUAGCCUCCUGGAGAGUGGCAUCGAGCCUAUUGUCAUAUUUGAUGGGUUAGAUUACACCAGGAAAAAGUCUGGAGUUAUGAUGGAACGCAAAAAGAGUGCCAGGCAAACUAUUUCAAAUUUUCUGGAUAAACCCAGCUCUGCAGUCACUGGCAAAGCAGGUCUACCACAUGGCUCUAAGUCUAAUGAUGUUAUUCCACUUUUUUCUGAAGCUGUAUUCUGUGAGACCUUGAGAGAGCUUGGUGUUUGUUUCAUUUAUGCUGAUGGAGAUGCUGACAGUACAAUUGCGUCUUUUGCAAACAAUUAUUUUUGUUCAGUCGUAUCGAAUGACUCUGAUUUCUUUUUCUUUAACAUCAGGGCUGGAUACAUACCUUUUAAUAAUCUCCAUUGGAAAGAGCAACCAGUCACUGCACAAGUAUAUUAUCUUGAAGAUUUUGUUCAUAGUUUUAAUUUUAAAUGUCUUGAAGCACCACUCCUAAUACCAGCAAUACUUGGCAAUGAUUAUAUCAAGCCGUUAAAGUCACCUUGUCUAAGAGGAGAUAUUGCUGUGAAUUUACUUAAGUACAGGGAGAGAAGAGGAGGGAGCAGGUCAAGGCUAGACAAAAUACAUGAGUUAGUAAUGUAUUUAAGAAAAUUCAGUUCACUAGAUAAGUUUCUGAACCGCGUCAGUAGGUGCUGCUUACAUAAUGAGGUAUCCAUUAUCGAAAAAAAAUUAGAAAUUGCAAAGGAGUUUUAUACCGUCAAAGCAUUCAGUAUAGAUGAUAUUAUGGACAAGGCUAAAAUGACUACAUCAAAUGGGACUACUCUUCCUCUAUGGGUAAUUCAGCAGUAUCGCAAGGGACAAUUUUCAAGAUAAUCCUAAAAGACGCUCUGCCAUGUUCAUUGGAUUACCAAUUAGAUGUUGUAUGUACACGAUACUACAACCAUUACUGGAAGACCCGUGUAUACAUGAAACUGUUUGUGUUGACUCUAAGGAUAAAUAUAGGGACAUAGUUUGUGAUGCUGCAAAUGAAUGCUUAAAGUUCAAUUUACCUUCUGUCACUAAUAUGGAAAAGGCCAGCAUUAGCUGUAGGAUUGAUGCUCUUUGCUUCUCACUGGAGUGCUCCUCUGGUAUUCUCAACUGGUUUGAAAACAAAUGGAGACUGGUUGUGUUAUCACUAGCUUUCUGGACUAAGCACAUUGUCCCUGAUAUUCAUUUGAUCAAAUCCUUGAUAUUGUGUUUUAUUGUUUGUUCGCUGGACCGAGACCCUUCAUCACAUAUGCCACAUUCCACAGAUGCCGAUUCAUCUCAAAAUAAUGACACUCUUCACAUA